GAAACCAAAACAAUGUAAAUAAAUUUUGAAAAGCAAAAAUAAUUCCCCAAAAAUGUCGUCUACCAAAACCUCAAGUGAAAAAUUGCGCGAAAAGACGUUUCUAAAACAUUUACAAAAACGACGAAAACGAAAAAUUCCCCUACUCAGGGGUAUUUAUCACAAUAAAAUGUUAAAAAUAUUAGUGAUGCUAGCCUGUUUGGUAAAUCUGCUAUAUCAUUUAAAUAUCAUACAACUAACGGUUGAGGCUGCCUCAGCCCCAACUCUACCAACACCAACAGCAGCAUUUACAAAUGAUAACAAACCAACAACGACUCCUGAGUCCUUGAAAAAUAAAACCAGUGAUCAAAGUGUUAAUAAUUUACGCAACAAAACCAUGCGUCGUAGUAUUAAUGUAAAUAGUAGUUUUAAUCAUCAAAAUGAAAUUGUACAAAAAAAUAAACCCGAACAUCUUCUAACAACAACGAAACGUAAGCUGAGACGUAAACCGCCAACAGCAGGCCGUACAAAUCAUACGCGUAAUGGGCUGGGACCCACAAGAUUUAAGGGCAAACGCAGAAAGUUUACAAGGCCAACAUCCUCUUGGCAGCAGCAGCAGCAUCCGAGACAAAAUAAUACAAAUUUAUUUAAACCAAAGAAUUAUACAACCAUAAGAACUACCGCCUCCACUACCAUAUCAUCAUCAUCUUCAACAUCCACCUCUAGCAAUCAUCCCUUCAUGACCCAACAGCAACAACAAUUCUCCUACACCAAUCGUUCGUAUCAGCGUCAGCAUCAAUAUCAGCAGCAAAGUGUACAAAUACCUUCCUCUACCAUACGCGUGUCCUCCACCAUCGAUCAUCAUCAUCAAGUCCCCACAGCCUUUGAUAAUUCAUCUUCCCGCUUUUAUCCUUCCACCAAUAUUAAACAUUAUAUUGGCGUUAAUGCCACCAGUAUACAUGAUAUACCCUUUCAGCAACAAAAUGUUGUUAUACAGGGUAAUACGGAUAUAGUGGUGUAUCGUAAUAUUGGUCCGGUGCCCUGUCCCCCAGGGGUACGUUUAGUGCCGCAUCGUGUUUUAACCGCCACACCAGAUCCACGCAUACAUCGGCAAAGGGAAUGCCAAUGCAGUCCUAUCGGCUCUCUGACCAAUACCUGCGAUAAACGUUCGGGCCAGUGUCAUUGUCUGGCCAAUGUUACCGGUCGUCGCUGUGAUAAAUGCAAAUCGGGCCAUUGGAAUUUAACCCAAAGUUUGGGUUGCCAUGAUUGCCGCUGUGAUCCAUCAGGAUCCAGAAGUCAUGAAUGCAACCCCUGGACGGGUCAAUGUGAUUGUAAAAUAGGUGUGGGCGGCCAAAGGUGUAACGAGUGUACGGAUGGCUUUUAUGGUUUCUCUACAGAUGGUUGUCAGCGUUGUGCUCCCUGUCCGGGAGAGGGUCAAGUUUGUGAUCCGCUCAAUGGUCGUUGUGUUUGCCCGCCCAAUAGCAGAGGUUUGGGUUGUAGUCAAUGUGUGGCGGGAACAUGGGGUUGGCAGUCAAGAUUGGGCUGCCGAGAAUGUCAGUGCGAUCGUGUAGGUUCCAUAGGACAAUAUUGUCAUACUCAGUCGGGUCAAUGUCAGUGUAGAGAAGGUUAUUCGGGUCGCAGAUGUGAUGCCUGUGCGCCUGGUUACUUUGGUUAUCCCGAGUGUAGGCGCUGCAACUGUGAUGUGGAUGGUUCGUAUGUAGGUAAGGAUGGCCUGAUAACGUGUGAUUCCAAUGGCCAAUGUCCCUGCAAGAGUUUGGUGGUGGGUUUAAAGUGUGAUACCUGUAUGCAGUCAUCAUUUGGUUUAACCGCCCUUAAUCCAGAGGGCUGUACCAGAUGUUAUUGUUUCGGUCGGGCCAGUGAAUGUGAACAAAGUAAUUGGUCUUGGGGUCAUGUAAGAAUGUCCGAGUCACGCAAUCUCUCCAUACAAUACUUAAACUCCCAACAUAUUAGCAACUCAGAAUUUGAAUAUAUAGUGGUGGUACAAAUGUCGGGAUCCAAGACUUAUCGAGAAGAUGCUGAGAUACAAAACUUUAAUGGUUUGAAUUUAAUACCCCGAUCCACGGGCAAUGUAUCCAUGGGUUCCUAUAGCCAGCUGUAUUAUCCUUUGUACUUUCAAUUACCCCCACAAUUCUAUGGCGAUCGUAUUAGCAGCUAUGGUGGGAAUUUAUAUUUUACUUUGCUCACAGAGGGCGGUAAUACGCCUUUGGAUCGCAAAAUUUUAAGCCGUUAUCCUUUGGUUCAACUGCACGCUCACAAUAAAAUGAUUUUGGAUUUUUAUGAAUACGAAAGUUUUGAAUACUCCCGCAACGAAACGUAUCGCGUGCCUUUGCACGAAACCUUUUGGAAAUUACAUCACAAUGGCCAAUCGGCUGAUAGGGCUACAUUAAUGGCUGCCUUACAGAAUGUCAGACACAUAUUAAUACGAGGUUCCUGUUUUGCUGAUUUCUCGGAAAUAAUAUUGCAAAAUGUUCACAUGGAUUCGGCCAUUUAUGUGCACGGCUCUACCAGCAUGUUGGCCAAAGGUGUAGAGAAAUGCAAAUGUCCUAAAAGAUUUGAUGGUUUAUCGUGUCAAGAUCCGGGUCGGGGCUAUUACAGAUGGCGUAAUGUUACCGAAACUGAAACUAUUUAUAUAGAAGAUCUUAUAGGUCGUGCAGCGCCCUGUUUUUGUAAUGGACGCAGCCAGGAAUGUAAUCGGGAAAGUGGGGAGUGUUUGAACUGUCGCGAAAAUUCCGGUGGUAGGCAUUGUGAACAAUGUGCCGAGGGUUUCUUUGGAGAUCCUAACUCUCCCUAUGGCUGUCAAGCCUGCCCUUGCCCUGAAACCAAUCGUAACUUUGCCAAGGGUUGCACAGUGUGGCAGGGUGAGGUGAAUUGUGUUUGUCGUCCUGGUUAUACGGGGAAAUUGUGUGACAAAUGUCGCCAGGGUUAUUAUGGCAAUCCUUUGGCUUCCCCUGUUAGUACCUGCAAACCCUGCAAUUGUAAUCUGAAUGGCAUUAGCAGGGAUGGCUGUGAUGCCUUGACGGGCCAAUGUAAUUGUCGUGAAGGAGUGACAGGCCAGAAGUGUGAUAAAUGUAAAGCUGCGCGUCAUCAUGUGGAGGAGAAAGGAUGUAGAUUGUGCGACAACUGCACUCUACUUUUACUUGACUAUGUGGAAUUAAUCGGCCAUAAACUAAGGCGUGGCAUACACAAUAUGGAUUUGACCGGUAUACCAGCACCCUACAUAAAAGUCGAAGAAUAUGAAGACAUGUUUAAUGUACAAAAUGUUCGCUAUCAUGACUUUAAUAAUGCCCGCAAAUUGUUAGUGAAUUAUGACAGUAGUGCCUUACUAAAACUGGAUUCACAUGCAGAAAAUCAAAAGUUCCAGAAUCGAAAGGCACUAGCUACGGCAGAGAAAAGAAAUCAGGCGGUCCAAGUAAUAUUGAAAGAUGCCCGCAUAGUGUAUGGUGACCUAGAGUCUAUGCAAACUGCAAUAUUAACAAACAUAGCUAAUUUGGAAAACUAUGGCAGAGGUUCGCAACAUUUAAGUUUACCUACGGCUUUGCAGCAGGCUAGAUUUUAUUUAGAUUCUAUAAAACAACAUAGGGACUCGGUAAAUGAUAUUCGGACGGCAGCCUCCUGUGCCUGGCAUUAUUACUAUAAGUUUGGCAAUGCCUCGGAUGCGGCUUUUGAUCAAAAGGCCAAAGUGGAAAUGUUUUGGCGUGACUUAAAUCACACCAAUUUUCGCAUAUCCGAUAUCAGAUUACAGGCGGAUCGUACGGUGGAAAUGCAAAAUGAAAUUGAUGAUGUUUUGGAACACAUACGCAAUCUAAAGAGUUAUGCUUCGGAAGACUAUCAACAAAUUGUAGAUUUAAAGGGUAAAAUCCGGGAAUAUCUUAAGGAGACCUUGGUGCCUCAAACUGCUGUGCUGGUGGAAAUGAAUGUGGGACGUUUGGAGUUGUUGAGUGGUAACAUGGACAAUAUUAUUAAGUUGGGCACGGUAUUGAAUGCUACUCUGGAUGAAAAUGAGACAGUACAUCGAGAAGUACGCAAACAUUGGCUGCCUAAGGCCCAAAAGCAUGCCGCCCGUUUGUUGGAGAGAUCCAAUGAAUAUGCCCGGCAAUUUCAGCCUACACGUAAUGGGGCACGUAUAGCCAUGUUGGCGAGUUCGGCCCAUAAAAAUAUCUCUGAGGCCAUAGAAGCGGCACGCUUGGCCUCCGUGGAAGCUCGCGAAAGAGUUUAUACCGCCCAUAAUAAACUUUAUCCCAGACAGGGCAUGUCGGUCAUCGAUAGAGCUAGAAUUUCUUUGAACAAAUCCAAAAUCUUAAAACAGGAUGCCAUGCAGGAGAUUAGGGAAACAGAAGCCUUAAAGAAUCGUUUACGGGUCCAUGAAAACAAAGUAGAGGGUAUUAAGACACGCAUUAUAAAUGCCGGUGUACGCACCAAUAACAUUUCCUCUCACAUACAACCUUUGCAACAUACUACAGCGCGCAAAAAUACCUUAACAAGUUUGGAUACUGCUUCCAAAAUCUCCGAAGAAAUGAAAGGAGUAUCAAGACAUACUCAGAUGUUGCAUGAAGACAUUAAGAAGUUGCGUGAUAAAUUUGCAAUUUUGGAGCCGGACUGGGAAAUAAAAUUGGGUUUGGCAGAAGAAAACAUUUCUCUAACCAAAACCAAUGUACGUUUGGCCAAUAUCUCCCUGACCUAUGUGGAGGAGCAAGCAGUUAAGGAACAAUCAGAGUUUGAUGCCUGGAAUAAGACCAUGGCCAAACAGAUCCAAGAGUUAAGAGAUAAAAUAGCCAAAGCUAAACAUGCUGCCGAAGGUAUUAAGAUUUCCUUGGAGUCUGUGGGUCCCAAAUGUAUAAGAUCGUAUUUGCCCAUUUCCUAUGGUCUCACCACCUCCAAUACUAUAAAAUUAAGCUUUGCCCUGCCCAAUCGUAAUGGUAACUCUCCUUUGCUAUAUAUACAAGGCAAUGAUGGUCGUUAUAUUGCUUUGGAUUUAUUCAAAAGACACGUUAGAUUGUUGUGGAAUUUGGGAGGCUCUACGGAGAUUAUUACCCAUCCCUUGGAGAUACAAACUCGGGAUCCUCAAUACGAUGAUGCCUGGUAUCAUGUUGAGGUUAAUCGUACGUUAAAUAUAGGCAGCCUUUUAGUGAGACGCAUGAAUAAUUAUGGAGCUUUAGUGCCACAGUCACCAGUAACUGGUAAUACAGAUGUAGAAUUUACAAGGUUUUUCCAAACUGCUGAUGAGCGUAUAUAUCUGGGUGGUUAUCCCAAGAUAUUGCGCACCAAAGAUUUACAAUUAAGUCCGGGCCUUAAUGUUGUCGUACACAAUGUGGAGGUGGAUAAUAAACCCAUGGGUAUUUGGAAUUUUGCCUCUAGUGAGGGUAAAUGUGGCGGAGCCAUGAUAGGAGCCCAGGAGUCCAGCUCCUCGUCGGUGGCUAGACAUUUCAAUGGUUUGGGCUAUGCGGAGGUAAAGAAGACCAGACCCAGGCCGUAUCGCAAGAAUUUGUUUGCUUUGCAAAUGACCUUUAAGACAUUAGAUGAGAAUGCACUGUUAUUCUUAGCGGUAGAUGAUAAAAAUAAUCGCUCGGUAUCUGUGACUCUCAGUCGUGGUCGCAUCAUGUUCCGCAUUGAUUAUGGCGAUGAGUCUAAAUUGGAAAUCAACACCACCAACAAAUACAACACUGGCAAAUGGAUUAAAAUUGAAGCAGCCCGAGAAUUUGUACCCAAACGGGGCACUGAAAAUGGCAUUUUGAGGGUAAAUAAUGAGAGACAUAUAACGGGCUCACCUUCGGUUCCUAUUAAGAGUCAUAUGCUGCCCGAUCUAUCGAAACCGGUUUAUUAUUUGGGUGGUGUACCGCCGGGCUUUACUUCGGCUACCUCUAAGGCUCCCGGGGCGGAUAAUCCCUUCUUGGGUUGCAUGAUGGAUGUACAAGUGAAUGGUGAGACUUAUGAUCCUUUGGAAAGUUCUUCGUAUUUCGGAGUGGAGUCUUCGUGCAAGGAAAUGAUAACCAAAGCCGGUUUUACGGGUCAGGGUUACAUCGAAUUACCCUCCCAGUCGUUGCGCAAGAGAGCAAAUACCGGUUUUGUUUUCCGUACUCUACAGCCCGACUGUUUACUUUUACUCUCCGCCUAUCCGCCCGAAGUCAAAGACGAUUACGACGCCAAAGACAUAAAAGGAAACUAUUCCAUAUCCCUCAUAGAUGGUCAUCUUCAGGUGUGGAUAAAUUCCGGACGCAGUUUCAUACAAAUGCAUUCGAAUGUUUCACUCAAUGAUGGUGAAUUCCAUGUGGUGAAUUUACUUAAAAAUGGUCGCAAAUUCGAGCUAAUGGUUGAUGAUGAGCUGCAAGUAACGAAAAAUCUUAUGGGAGCGCCGACACUUGUCAGUAUGCCACGUGAUGCUGGUGGCUUGUAUAUUGGUGGCUCACCACCCUAUGAGGAUUAUACGCCGUUGGCUCCCACUUUCAUUAAACUGGAGGGCGCAGUGCGAGAUGUUGUGUUCAAUAAUCGUACUUUGAAUUUUAAUCAGGCCUUAUCGUUUGUUAAUGUUCAGAUCGGACGUAAUGGUCCCAGCAUGGGCAGUGUUAAUGGUUUGAGUGAUAUUUUGCUGAAGACAGAGCCCAUGAUAGGCAAGAGUUUUACGGCUGCACCAGAGGGUUGUAAAAGGGUCGGCAGCUAUUCGUAUGAGCCCAACGCCUUUAAAUUUGGCGAUGAACCCUAUAGCUUUGCCCAAUUGCAGGCACCUCUGCGCAACUAUUGGCAAAAGAAUUUCCAAAUUUCUUUUGAUUUUCGCUCUUUCUAUCCUAAUGGUUUGAUUUUCUUAGCUCCCGGCAUGAAGGAGAAACAAAAACACUAUUUAGCUUUGAUUUUAAAAGAUGGCCAUCUGCUGCUUAUUGUCCGUGGACGCAGACGUGAAGAACUACCUUUGCAUGCCAAACUCAAUGAUGGUGAAUGGCAUCAUGUCACCUUGAUGUGUCAAGAUCGUAAGGUCACCAUGUCGGUGGAAAUAGGUCGUACAGAUCAGAAAACCUCAGCUCAAAUGAAAAUACCCAAGAAAAUUGCUGCCUCGAAUAUAGUGUUUGUAGGUGGUUUACCCGAGAAUCCGCCCAAAAUGCCCGCGGAACUUUUAAUGAAAUUGGAGCCAUUUAAGGGUUGUCUACGUAGAUUUUCCAUAGCGAAUAGUACUCAGGAUUUGGCGAAACCGGGUAAACAUUUGCAUGUGGGCCAGUGUUUUCCGAAGGUGGAGAGAGGUUCAUAUUUCCCGGGAGAUGCCUAUGCGGUGUACAAGAGAAACUUCCAUGUUGGCAAGUAUCUAGAAUUAGAAAUGGAAUUUAGAACUUCAGAGCUUUCCGGCAUUUUAUUAAGUAUAACAGAGCCCACUGGUUUUCCUGCCUUAUCACUAGAAAUAUUCAAUGGCAAUAUUGUGUUCUCCUGUGACCUAGGCGAUGGCAAUCCCUUCCGUGUGGAAUCUAUGCUGCCCAGUAAAUAUGCUCUGUGUGAUAAUAAAUGGCAUAAUAUUUCAGCAUUAUAUGACUACGAACAACUGGCCUUAAGAAUCGAUCAAAUGCCCACAACUAUAGCGGUGGCCCAGCAAACUACCAUGGGUAGAGUGCAAACCAAGUCACCCUUGUAUAUAGGAGGAAUACCGGAAAUCGCAUCCAGUGGUUCCUUAUUGACCCGUGAAAAUUUCAAGGGUUGCAUAAGAAAUCUAUCGAUACGUAACGAACGACGCGAUUGGGUUGAUAUGGAUGCUUUGCAUAAUGUUUUGCUUAGUGAGUGUUUGGUAACCGGCACUGAAAGCUGAGUUAUUAAGUAAAGUUUUAUGUUAAAAUAACAAAAAUAAUAACAAACUUAAGGAUCUAAUUGUGAUGCCAUAUACUUAGAAAACAAGAAACAAAUUCAAUAAGAACUGCCAUAUACCUAUACAUAAAUAAUAAUAGAAAUACUUAAGUUACUUAAAUGAAAAAAAGAAACUACGCUUAAUUUUAAAUAACUAUAAUUUCAUGUGACAAGGAUUAGUUAUGAAAAAAGCUUUUUAGAAAAUGAUUA